UUUUUUGUUGGCACGCGAGUAUGCGUUUCUUCUGGUUUUUUUUUUCGUUUUCCUUUUAGCCUUUUCGUGUUUCCGGAAUUGUCAAGAAAACCAAGAAAGACGGAAUGAUCUUGUCAUCGUGGAUUCCCUUUUACAGGAAUAUCAAAUAAACCAUGAUUUCUGUGAAAAACAUAUCCCAUUUUCUUUUUCUGCGUUGCUAAUUGAAUCAAUGUUCUUUUGAUUCCAAAGAUUUGUUUCCAACCCACCUUUGAUCGAUGGGUCUUCAUGUGACCAUGGGGUCAAACUGAGAAAUCGUUCCAUUGGCGGAGUUACCCCGCCGGACGGGUGGGCCGGCUCACUUUUUACACCCAUUUUACAGAUUCAGAAUGCCCUUAAUUUGCGGUCCCCCGUUUUUGUCCAUGUUACUGCUUCAGCGAUCCUACCGUUCUUUGGCAGUCAAGUCCGUGCGCUGCUUCUCUACGGCCACUCGUGCUGUCGAUCUUGCUUUUGAAAAAUACCCCACUGCCAAAGCCACAAAACCUCCUAUUGUCAUUUGCCAUGGUCUCUUUGGCUCCAAACAAAACUGGAAUUCACUCGCCAAAGCCAUGAGCUCUCGAUUCAGCCGGGAUGUCUAUGCAGUGGAUUUGCGUAAUCAUGGUGAUAGUCCUCACAGUGAAGUGCAUACCUACGAAGCCAUGUCGGCCGAUCUGUUACAAUUCUUGGACACCCAUCAGCUCAAAGAUACCGUGCUUCUAGGUCAUUCAAUGGGCGGUAAAGCAGUGAUGAUGACGGCUCUACGUCAGCCUGAGAUUGUUUCCAAGUUGGUGGUUGUAGAUAUGCCUCCUGUAUCGCUCUAUUUAUCACGAAAUUUUGGCAAUUACGUGGAUGCGAUGCGCGAAAUCGAACAGGCAAAUCCUAGCCGUCAGAGUGAGGCGGACAAGAUCUUGGCCAAGUAUGAGCCGAACGUGGGGAUCCGAAUGUUCUUGUUGACCAAUCUCAGACGACAAAAGGACGACCGUUUGAAAUUCCGAGUACCUUACGAGAUUUUGGGUCGUUCUUUAGAUCAGAUUGGCAGCUUCGAAUCUGCUUCAGGUGUAUUUAACAAACCCACCUUGUUCAUUGCUGGUGGUAAAAGCCCUUAUUACCCUCCUUUCAAAGAAUAUCACGAACAAAUCCAUCAAAUGUUCCCUCAGUCCACGCUCGAGGUGGUCGAAGGAGCCGGUCAUUGGGUACAUGCUGAAAAACCAGAUGUCGUACUGAAUCACGUCGCCUCCUUCAUCGGUUAAUACGGUUGUUGUACAAAGCUUAGAUAUAGACCUUUUUUCUCACAAAAAAAUAGAAUUCCUUCUCUUCAUCGUCCCUUCCUACCUAAUGCUGUAUAAGAUAAGGAUUUUUUCCCUAGAACAAAAGAUUUGACGAUGCGGUAGAUUCAAUUGAGAUGCCAAAUAAUGAGAAACCUAUUCUUAUGGGAAAAUGGAAAUGACAGAGCGGUUCAUCUUGGGCUUCGGCUAUUAUGUCAGAUCCGUUUGUUCCUUUUUGGACCGUAUGCGCAGUUUAACUGCAAAAUUUGGACAUCCAUUGUGUAUGUUUCUCCAAAACCGGAUGCUGCGCGUUUUACCUGCUUCACC